GUUUGCCAGCCUGAAGAGUGAGGCUUGUUCGGGGCAGAACCUGGGGACUAAUGCAAUUGCGACGACAUCCAAUUCUGGAGCCACGCAGGAGCAAUCUCUGCAUUCAACCACGCCGAGCGAGCAAUAUCACCAUCCCCAAACCUGACGCUGCCCGGAUCGCACGAGAGCACACGACACCCCCCCACGGCAGCCUGGAAGUCUCAGUGAAUUACAGAGGAGGCUAUAGAGCAGGCAAACAAUAGCCACCACCGCCCGUGCACGGCGGGACGCAUGCAAUUUGUGUGACUAGGCGAGCGUCUUCUGUUUGAAUUAACCGACACAUCGACACUUUCGCUUCCUCCUCGACGACAAGCCCCCGCGUCACCCUCGUAUAUCCGUCUUGCUCCUGGUUUUAGGACCUUUGGAAUAGCAUCAGGUCGAAUUCCCGGUUGCGAGUAGCAACAGCCACAAGUUUGCUGGCUUGGAUUGCCGUAGCCCCGCAUCGCAUCGUUUUGCCCGCCCAGUCAACCCUAACGCACUCUGAGAUCUGUGAGCAUCAUGUCGAACGCCAGCCCCCUCGUGGCCUCACCUGCCGCGACGGCUCCCCGACCAGCUACACCGGCAGCCAACGGAGUUCCGAGUCAACCGCCGCCUGCCGAUACCGUCCCCGUCGCGAAUGGUCAUGCUGCCCACACGCACGAGAACCGGCCCGCCCCCGCCCCGCCUUCGGCCGCUGCCAUGACGGGGAAGAAGGGGAAGCAGAAGAAGCCGGAGCCGACCGAGGCCUCGAAGCUCAUCGCCCAGCGCAUUUCCCAGCUCGAACUCGACGCCGCAGGAGAAAAGGAUCAGGAGGCCGAGAUUGAACGGGAAGUCAAGAAGGCCAACAGGGAGUUACACACCCAGACCUCUCGGAUGAACGACUUGCAAAAGAUUGAUCAUCUGACGAAGCGAUGUUCGGAUCUUCUGGCUGAGAUGAAACGCCACGAGCGAGAAAGCAUCAAGAACAAGAAGCGCGGCGACCAGCUCCAGAAGGAUAAGGACAACACUCGUACCGAGUUAAACAAGACCACGUCCCUGAAGGAGAAGCUAGAGAAACUCUGCCGGGAACUUCAAAAAGAGAACAACAAGCUUAAGAAUGAGAAUAAAACACUCAGCGAUACCCAAAUCCGCAGCCAACAGACAUGGGACGAAAGGUAUUCUGGGUUGCUCCGCAGGAUGGAUGACCAGCAGGAGGAGAAGGACAAUCCGCGCAAACAAGUGGUCGACAUGAAUACGGAAAAAUUCUUCCGAGAUCGCUUCAAGUCCAUGAUCGACCAAUACGAGCUCCGCGAGUUGCACUUUCAUUCCCAGAUGCGCACCAAGGAACUCGAGGUCCAGUAUAACCUCGCCAGGUUUGAGCGCGAGAAGAAGAACUACGAGGCUGAGCUCACCCGGUCACGCCAGCUUAAUGCGCAGGUGCAGACAUUUUCCCAGACCGAAUCAGAACUGAGACACCAGCUUAACGUGUAUGUGGAGAAGUUCAAGCAGGUCGAGGAUACUCUGAACAACAGCAAUGAGUUGUUUAUGACUUUCCGCAAGGAAAUGGAGGACAUGUCCAAGAAGACCAAGAGGCUGGAGCGUGAGAACGAGACUCUGAAGCGGAAGCAUGAUCAGGUCAACAGCAACAUCUUCAAGAUGGCCGAGGAACGUACCAAGAACCUUAGCGAGGUUGAGGAUUUGAAGAAGAAGGUGGACAAGCUGAAUGGCAUUAUCCGGCAGAUGCAGCAGCAGGGCCGUGGCAUUCCCCAGGGUCUCACCAACCCUGUUGAGAAUGGGUACGCGGAAGGCGACCUCGAGGGUGACGAGAGCGAGUAUGAGGAUGAGUACGACGAGGGUGAGGAAGAUGAGGAGGUCAGCGAUGAUGGGGACGAGUACGAUGAUGAGACCGAGGACGAGUCGCAGCAGCAGCAGCAGCAGCAGCCUCAGCCUUAUGGCCCCGAAAGACCUCCCCCUGCCCCCGCGGCCACCACUACCACUAACGGUCAUCGCUAGGGAGUAUGUCGGAUAGUGUGGCAGUGAAUUAUAUGCAUCUUUCAGCGGAACAAAAGUGCGAUUCUCACCUCUCUACUUGUUGACUGACGUUGGUGAGCAGUAACUUUUGUACAGUGAUGAAUUGGUCCAUAUGCUGUGUCAGUAUGUUUGUACUGACACUUGAAAUCGGUCCUGGCCGGGUCGAGUCAAAUAGUUUGGGUCUUUUGAGUUUGAUGAUAUCAUCAUGAGCAAGACUUGAGAGUUUGCACCAAUUCGACGCCAUAUCGUUCUAAACAUCUCACAUUACUACCAUUGCCCGGGCUUUAUGCAUAUAUAGAGUAGAACUACCCCACCAAAGCAUCACUUGCAUCAA